AUGUCCACCACGAUGGCGACACGACAACAAUGCCCGGACAUGUUACUACGUGUCGAGGCGAAAAAUGAGCCACGCGGAUGCGUACCAGUACUGAUUUCAAACUCUUCACAUUUGUUGCGUAUAGAAUGUGAUUCAGAGAACUCUUUCGUAAGCUCGCUUAUGAAGCCACAAUCGGCAGCAUGGAUUGAUGCACGGGCUCGGUUUGAUAUAGUUGACGGGUCAGCUGGGUUAUUCGCUCCAGGAUUCGUGUUGCGAUGGCCUAACGGCAAAAUUGUCCGUUUCACCAAUUGGGCAUACGGCAACGGUGUGGAACUAAUCGAUCGCGCCACAAAAUGCGUACAUCUGUUGUCAUCCGGAGAAUGGCGAAACGCGGCAUGCGAUACCCCGGCUACCGUAAUUUGUGAGAGGAAGUUGCACCGGCCUACAGUUCGGUAUUGCCCGAAACACUGGCUCUACAUGGACGCUACACAAUCCUGUUACAGAGCCAUAACACGAACUAAUAUGACCAUUUUAGAUGCGGAUAACCGUUGUUUUCAAUUAGGUGCAGAACAUCAUCACGACGCAAUGCUUGCAAGUAUAAGCGACGAACAAGAAAACCAAUUUGUUAAAGAUCUUGCCCGUGAGAAAAAUCCUACUUUUGAUUUUGUAAUGCUCGGGGGUUUCGGUCGAUCAAACAACGGUGAUAAAUGGCAAUGGAUGGACGGCACCCCGUUUACCUACCAAAAUUGGGAUCGCGGCAUGCCUUUCGGGAGGUCAUGA